AUAAUCAGCACACCUAUUGAUUAAUACUCUCCUUGGUUUUGGCCUCCAUUUGGGUCUUACUAGAACCAUCAGUGACAACAUUAUUGACUCUCAGACAACAGUUUAUGACUGAAUUAUUAUCCUGGUCAGUUAAUAUUAUGUGUCAUUUUUGAAAUACAACUCAUUUAGUCUCAUCAUCUGCCGAAGCACUUCGCGACUGUCGGUAUCGAUGCUGCUGCAUGGGGCUCAUUUGAGUCACAGGAUCCCCCCUCUUGGCCUGGGGCCUUUCUCUUUAUGUGACAUAUAUAAGCAUUAGUCUCAGUGUGGUAUGGGAUAGUGGACAGGAGGCUGAACACAGGAGAUCACCACGUCUCAAGCUUGAUGAUAAUACAUUUAGGACACCCAAGGUGAUUGUUGAUGGCAAAGAGGAGGCGAUGGAUGAUAGUACGAGUACCUGAGAGAGAAAGGGGAGGUUUGAAAAUGUUAAAAGUUUUUUUUUUGGAGGGAUUUUAAUGUUCAGGAUUAGAAAAAGUUUGUUAGUGAGACAUACGCUGCGUUGGACAGAGGAGGGUUAGUGGACAGAUUGGACACAGGAUGGAGCAGGACAAGAGAAAGAUCACGGAUCCAAUAAAGCCCAGUUAUAUAAAUUUAGGGGUUGUAUUUUUUUCCAUAAUGUGACCACAUCAUUGCCAAAUUACCUGAUUUUAUACAUCUUGGGUUAAAAACUGUCUUUGAGGAACAGAAUGUCCAGGACUUGCAGUGAGGUUCUCCUGCAGCCACAGCGCCCCCUGCUGGCAGUUCUUUUUAAAUCCUCUGCUCUGCAUUGGAUCUGCAGAUGAGUCAGCGACUGUGGCUGACAGACAUGCAUUUAUCCUCUCAUUUAUCAAGCUUUGUUUCAUCAUUUUCACAUCCCAAAAGCCCUAAACAUUGCUUUUUCGAAACAUGGAUCAGUUCCAUGGAUUAUUUGUCAAACUGGACCAGAACAAGGACGGCUUCGUAUCAGUGGCAGAACUCCACGAAGAGAUGAAGAAACAUGGGAUCAUUUCAGCAGAUGGGAAGGCCCAGAAGAUUAUCAGUUCUUAUGACAAAGAUAACGAUGGCCUGCUGGAUUAUAAAGAGUUUCUCAGCUACAUGAGGGACCGAGAGAAGAAGUGGAAAAUUCACUUUCAUGACCUUGAUAAGAACAACUGUGGGGUGAUUGGCCAGGACGACAUCAUAAGCUUGUUUAAGGAGUUAGGAGUGGUCAUUUCAAAGCCGAAUGCAAAUAAAAUUAUACAAAUGAUGGAUAAGGACAGCUCCAUGACGGUGGACUGGGAUGAGUUUCUGCACCACAUCAUCCUAAACCCCGUAGACGACAUCGGAGAGCUUGUUUCCUCCUGGAAACACAAACUGGUGUUUGAUGUGGGGGAGAGUCGAGCGACGCCCGUCGAGUUCCCUGACGACGGGUCUGGCUUUGGUGCUUGGAGGACCUUUGUCCUGGCAGCGGGUCUUGCUGACGCUGUGUCCAGAACCGCGACAGCUCCCAUAGACCGGCUGAAAACUCAGCUCCAGGUUCAAGGAUCCGGGGCUAUUUCCCGAGGCUUCCAGGAGCUGAAGGCCGGCGGUUUGCGCUCCAUGUGGCAGGGCAACGCCGUCAACGUCCUGAAAGGAACGCCACAGUCCACGCUGCAGUGUCUCAUCUACGCUCAGAUGAAGGUUUACACCCAAAACCGAAGUCAGGACACCCUGACGGUGCAGCAGCGUUUCGGUCUGGGCUGCAUCUCCGGAGCUGUCGCCCACGCCGUCUUUUACCCCUUAGAGGUAUCAGAAACCAGAGGCAGGUCUGAGCAGCUUCAGGAUUUCCGUCCUAAUCUGCGUUCUGGUUUGUUUUCAGCKGCUCUUUGCCUCCUCUCCUCUGCACCGCAGGUGUUGAAGGUGAGGCUGAACCUGCAGCAGGCCGGCACGUACCGCGGCGUGGUGGCGUGCGCCCACUCCGUUUACAAACACGAGGCUCUGUCGUCCUUUUACCGAGGCUUCAAACCCAGCAUCCUCUGCAUGAUUCCGUACGCAGGCGUGGAGUGUGCCGUUCAUCAGUCCAUUAUGAACUGGGCCAGGAACCAUCCCACCUACAGCACUGACUCCAAACUGUUUUUCUUCAGUUUUGUGGCAUUUGCCUGCGGACAGAUCAGUAGYUACCCUCUGGCGGUUAUCCGAACUCAGCAGCAAGCGCAGGCUUUCAGCUCUGAGUCCCGUCCAGCCUCAGGUGUGUUACCAGGACUUUCUGAGAUUUACGAGCGGAACGGAUUCAGAGGAUAUUAUAACGGCAUGGGAGCCAGCUUCGUCCGAGCRAUUCCAUGCGCGCUGAUAAACUACACUCUCACAAAACAAUUUGAAAAUUUGUUUUCUUCAAUCGCGUCUUAAAAAUGUCAAGRAUUCUGAAAAUACACUGAAGCAAGUCUGGCUUUUAUUUUUAUUUUGACCUUUACGUCUGUGAAAACCAACACAACGAUCUGAAAAUGCACAGUUGACUUAGAUGUGACAAAAUCCC